GGGCGCUUGGAAAAUUUUGACAGUCUAUAGGGAUGUGGAAAUAGAGAGGCUGGCUUGGUGAGAGAGCUUAGUAAAGCCCCAGAGAGCGAGAGAUAGAGAGAGAGAUUCAGAAUAAGAGAGCGGAGUGUCUGAUCUGCACAAAACUGAAACAUCUAAACUUUAGUGACAUUUACAGUAGAGAGGAGAGAAAGCGGACAACCUGACAAAAAAGGAAACGGGUGAAGCCAAAUUGCAUCAUUUAUGUCAAGGUGAAACCCGACCGUCAACAUGGGCAAGCAGAACAGCAAGCUCCGUCCCGAGGUGAUACAGGACCUAUUGGAGAACACAGACUUUACCGAGCAAGAGAUUCAGGAGUGGUACAAGGGUUUCCUGCGGGACUGCCCCAGUGGUGCGCUUACCAUGGAGGAAUUUAAGAAGAUCUAUGGCAAUUUCUUUCCCUACGGAGAUGCGUCAAAGUUUGCCGAGCACGUCUUCCGAACCUUCGACGCCAAUGGAGAUGGAACAAUAGACUUCAGAGAGUUCAUCAUAGCCCUAAGCGUUACGUCACGGGGACGUUUAGACCAAAAGCUGAAGUGGGCUUUCAGCAUGUACGAUCUGGACGGCAACGGAUACAUAAGCAAAGCGGAAAUGCUAGAGAUUGUACAGGCAAUCUACAAGAUGGUUUCUUCUGUCAUGAAGAUGCCCGAGGAUGAAUCAACACCUGAGAAACGCACAGAAAAGAUCUUCCGUCAAAUGGACACAAAUCGUGAUGGUAAACUGUCUUUGGAGGAGUUUGUAGAGGGCGCAAAGAGCGACCCAUCCAUUGUGCGACUCCUGCAGUGUGAUCCCAGCAGUGCCGGCCAGUGAAUCAACAGAUCCGUGUUUUACCACAGGGAAUUAUGUAAACACACAACCAUCAUUUUCCACGUCAAACUUCAUAUCAAACUAGCAGUGACUAACACAAAGUUCAGAGACACUACAAGCAUGUGCUCACGUGUCCCGCUGCACUCUGGAUGCACAUAUAGGGCUUUUUGUAAAACAACAGGCAGUGAGGUAAGUGACCUCACAUCCUGUUGUAGACAUUCGGUACUGAAAUGUACUCCCUUAAAUUGCAGUUAAGGGCUGUAAAGUUAACGGAAGAUGAGAUGUAUUAUGUGCUUGUUUAUGCAUUUGAACGUUUGUUUCUUUGAGUAUUUAUAUUUAGAAAAGAAAUCAUUUGAGGAGGGGCAUUUUUUUUACUUGAAAUUUCAUUUUGCAACAUUUAUUGCAUUAUGAUAUGAGAGCAGGACAUCUUAGUCCUUGUGACCCUACCCAGCUCAUGUCUUUUUUUUGUGAUUUACUGUUUUCUAUCAAAUAAUCUUACAUAAUGUAAAGAGCAUUCUGUGAAUAUAUAACCUUGACAGACUUUGCUGCUCCUUAUAUCAAAAUUAGAUUAUAAGUAGUGAUGGGCAAAGAUUAAUCACAGUUAUACCACGGGUCUGUAUUCUGAUUGGCUGAGAAAUGUUCUGUGGGUAUGCAUUAAUUUCUGAUAACCGCACACUUAACAUGUCAAAUGCUUUAAAGGGGACAGAGAAUGAAAAACCAUUUUUACCUUGUCUUUGUUAAAUAAUGGUAGUCUACCCGCAUUCACAAACAUACAAAAAGUGCUAAACAUGCUAAACAUCUCAGUCUCAUAGAAAUUCCUUUUUCAGAAAUGUCAGCCAGAAAACGGCCCAAUCUGAAAAACUGAUGCUUAUGACAUCACAGGCAUCUCACUGCCCCUCCACUUUAAAAUAAUUGGCUGCAUUUUUUGAGUGGCAGCAAAUUCAGCCAAUCAGUAAUGAGAUUGCAAGUUAAGCCAGUAGGGGGAGCCAAAUAGGUGCAAAACCACUUGUUUAAAAUCCCCCACCCUAAUAGAGCUAUCUGAGAGAGGUUUUUAGGAAGCUUCUAAGGCAUUAGAAAAAUUUUUUUUGUCUACAUGUCACAUCACAGAACAAGGAUAAAUACCCCGUUCGAGCAUUCUAUGUCACCUUUAAAAAUAGGUACCAGAGCAAUGUUUGUGGUAACCGUGGUAUAAGAGGAAUACAUUUUGUAUGCGAUUAAAUAAGGAAUAAUUGAACUCCGGUCCUUUGAAUUAAUGCUUCGCAUUGCACCUUGGGUGUGCAUUAUUAUCUUAUAAUUCAAUGGCCCGUCGUCAAUUAUUCCUUAUUUAAUCACACACAAAAUAAAGAUGUUUUUUGCAUAAUAUAUGUGUUUGAAUUAUAAUGUAUAUUUAACCACACACAAAUAAAUAUAUUCAUUUCAGAAUUUUUUUAUUUACAUAUAUUUUUUUUAAAUGCAUACACAUGUAAAUGUUUCUUAAAUACAUACAUGAAUGUGUGUGUAUUUAUAUAUACAUAAUAAUUACACACAGCACACAUUCAUAUAUUAUGCAAAAAAUUACUUUUAUUUUGUAUGCUAUUAAUCUUUGCCCAUCACUUACCUGGGUUUUACACACAGGGUCACAAAUAAAGACCCCAAGAAAUCUCCUCACCUGGACAUUUUUUUUAUUAUUUCCAACGGGCUUUAGUUUUAUUUACACCCUUUAAAGUGGCAUUUUUAUGUUAGAGACUAUAUAACUGAAAAUAAAUUAUUUUGAUUCAAUAAUAUGCUUUGCAAGGUGACCUCAACGCUUGCAGACUCGUACUAAAAGCCACUAAAUUCACAUUUCUUGGGGUCUUUAAAGGAACGGUUGAGCUCAGAUUUUCACGUGAUAUGCAGCAUCACCUUUAAAAAAAUAAAAAAAUCUUUUAAAACAUUUUUUAACAUUUAAUGCUCAAUGCAUAGGACAUCAUAGCAACCAUAAUGCUGUUUUUGCUGCUUCAAAAGAGAGCGAACAUGGACAAGUGUUAGACAAAGAAAAAUGUAGAUAUUAUUUAAGGUUUUAUUUGGUUGGGAAGUUUCCACACCACAAAAAUGCUUUUUAUUAUGAAACUGUUGUGACAUUUAUGACAUUUUACUUUUGUUUCAAGUAAACCAUUUGUACAGUGAAAGUCUAUUGUGAGAACAGCAAAGACCACACGUUAUGCACAAUGAAUCACUGCAACAUUUACCGUCAGAUACAAACCAAUAGGGUCACUUCUGCUAUCUAGCACACACUUUCAAAAUAAAAGGUAAAAAAGUUGUCGCUGGGGUGCAUAUUGGUGAUUUAAAGAUACAUAUCUGUACCAAAAGGUACCGUCCCAGUGACAACUUUUGUACCUUUUUUCAUCUUUCCAGAUUUUGAUUCAGUAAAUGUGCUGCCCGUACAAUCAGUGGUCAAUCUCAUCAAAGAAAAAUGCAUUGCAGACACAAAUAAUGUGAGACUGAUUCAUCAUCUUCAAUUUGACUGAAUCCUGUAAUCCUUAAAUGUUCAGAUUUGAGGUGAUUUGGAUGUUUUUAGUCGUUUCAAUUGUACAUCUUGUGCUUGUUUAGCAAAUACUAAAUGUGGGGCUGCACAAACUGAAUGUAUUUUCUGUAUCGGUUUUCAAGAUAAAUCUGUGAAUGCGUUUGUGGUGUGUAUAUAUGGUGCUUUGUAAGUAACUACUGAUGUGUUCGAUCAGCGUUGACAUGUACAUAUCACUCAUGUGCAUAUGCAGUCGGUGACAUAAAUAUAGCGAGACGACAAAAUGCAUAUGAAAAGAUCUCAGCAAAAGACAUUUCUACACGUCCUCAGGGUUACAAUUCACUUUAAGUCACCAGGAAAUAUAAAUGGAGAUGACAUACUUCUGUGUGAUGCAAAUUUAUAUUAAAAAUACACACCUGCUCAAAGUCGAGCCACAUAUAUCAUUUCCUCUCAAUUUCCCUGACAUUCAAACUUUUUCACAUGCUGACCAGAUGAAUUAAUGCAACACAUCAAUGAAGAAUUUCCUUGAGUUUUUGCUUUAUUUUUAAUUUUUGGUUGAAUCUCCAUCAUUUACAUAAUACAGAAUCCGGUAUUUUACAUUUAAACUGCACAAGACAACAUGUGGUCAAGUGCCAAACACAGCUAAAUAGAAAUGGCAUAACAAGCAGUGUUCAUAACAGUUUCUUUUGGACUGUUAUCUGUCGAAUGAAAUGUUUGUCAUUAUUGUUUUGUAGAUUUUGUAUGGUAUCUUGUAUAUUGUGUGAGUGUAGAUAUUAUAAAUACAGGCAUCUGUUUUGAUUGAUCAUGAAUAAAGUCUUAUUGAAAAUAUGA